GGAGCGGAAGCCAGGAGGCUGUGCUGCUUCGGCGAGCGGGCGGCGGCGGCAGCGGCAGCGGCAGCGGCAGCGGCGACGAAGACUGAGACGGCAAGGGCGGCGGGAACAGGCGCUGCCGUCGGGGAGCAGCAGCGCGGUCGGCGGCCGCUCGCACCGCUGCAGAAGGGCCGGCCGGGCGCGGAGCGGAGCAGCUGCGCCACGGGUGGCAUUGUGUGUCCCGGAGUGCACGAGCGAGUCCCGGGAGAGCGGCGAGGCUGAGCCCAGAGCGCUGGGUGGCUUCGGCAGGGAAGACUCCCUUCCCCCGGCUUCAGGCUGCUGAGCCCUGAGCAGCGCUCAGAAUGGAAGCCAUCGCCAAAUAUGACUUCAAAGCUACCGCUGACGACGAGCUGAGCUUCAAAAGGGGGGACAUCCUCAAGGUUUUGAAUGAAGAAUGUGAUCAGAACUGGUACAAGGCAGAACUCAAUGGGAAAGAUGGCUUCAUUCCCAAGAAUUACAUAGAAAUGAAACCACAUCCGUGGUUUUUUGGCAAAAUCCCCAGAGCCAAGGCAGAAGAAAUGCUUAGCAAACAGCGGCAUGACGGGGCCUUUCUUAUCCGAGAGAGUGAGAGUGCCCCGGGGGACUUCUCCCUCUCUGUCAAGUUCGGAAAUGAUGUGCAGCACUUCAAGGUGCUCCGAGAUGGAGCUGGAAAGUAUUUCCUCUGGGUGGUGAAAUUCAAUUCUCUGAAUGAGCUGGUAGAUUAUCACAGAUCUACAUCUGUCUCCAGAAACCAGCAGAUAUUCCUCCGGGACAUAGAACAGGUGCCACAGCAGCCGACGUACGUCCAGGCCCUCUUUGACUUUGAUCCCCAGGAGGAUGGAGAGCUGGGAUUCCGUCGGGGAGACUUUAUCCACGUCAUGGAUAACUCAGACCCCAACUGGUGGAAAGGGGCCUGCCACGGGCAGACCGGCAUGUUUCCCCGCAAUUACGUCACCCCUGUGAACCGGAACGUCUAAGAAUUAAGAAGAGAUUAUUUAAAGAAAGUGAAAAAUUUAAAACACAUACAAAAGAAUUAAACCCGCGAGCUGCCUUAACAGCAGCCCGUGAGGGAGCUCAGAACACCUGGCUGGGUCACCUGGUGACCCUCUCACUUUGGUUGGAACUCUGGGGGGGGGCGUUGGAUAUAAAAAUGCCAAAACUUACCUAUAAAUUAAGAAGAGUUUUUAUUACAAAUUUUCACCGCUGCUCCUGUUUCUCCUUUGUCCUCCUUUCCAUCCUUCUCUUCUGUCCAUCAGUGCAUGACGUCUAAUACUACAUAUAGUCCUAGCUGAUGCCGAUAAUAAAAGAAAAGAAACAAGCGGGCUGGUAUUUUCUCUAUGCAAAAUGUCUGUUGUAAUCGGAGUGACUGCAGGAAGGACAGCCAUGGCCCUGUUCCUCAGGCGCACACACAGGAGGGGGCGGGUGGCCGGCAGCCCUUGCUGGGCAGCUUCUGCCAAAUGGGGGCAGCCCCCGGCCGCCAGCGUCUUGUGACAAAGUUGAAAACGGAGUGGGGGCAAAAGGAAGGACUGUUAACCCUCAUGGCUUCCUGAGAAAAGUCAAGCUAAAAACCUUUGUCUCUUUUCUACAUUGUUUUCCCUUCCAAAUGGUAUUAUUGAGCAUGUUGAUUUUUCAUAGUGCCUUUUUCCUUAUUUCAAGAGUUGCUUAUGAGUGGUGUUUUUUUAUUUGUUUUAAAAUAAGUUAAAGACAGUCCAGAGCUUUUUUAGCCAAUUUGUCUCCUACUCUGUAAAUAGUCCUCCCCGGGGGGAGGGGAGAGCGGGGUAGAGCCGCGGAGAAAGCUCAGGUGGAGGGUGUGGCCAUUCUGCCUGUUCUCAGCCACGAGUCUUUAAGGUUCAGCUUUAAUAUUUGUCAGCCCUCUGGAGUCUGCCGUGGCUGCCACAGGGGAGCAGUGCCGCCAGCUGCUGGGGAAGGAGGAGACGGUCCAGCUCUUCCCACCUCGGACUGGAUCUGGCUGGGGGUAGGGGGUCAGAGUCUCCUUGACCUUGCGAUCCCGGCUGCUGUCCGCCCCUCCUCAGCUCCAGAGCCCCCCAGAGAAAACUCCCUGGAGCCAGCAAGUUUCAAACACAGGAAAGCCCAAGGAACUUCAGCCGUCACUCUGUGACUGUAUCGGGUUGUACACUGUGUUCCCACACCGGGGUGGAAAAUGGGAGCUUGCGUUUUUCUUGCUCUGAAAAUCAGAGGUAUCUGUUCAUGGCUUUCAUCUGCUGUGUCCCCUGCCUGACCUGCCCAGGUGAGCACUAGGGCAGCGUUCAAGAAGCAGCUGGGUUUUUAUGUCUCCGUUCCCAGUGGGCCGUGUCUGUAGCCGCUUUGCCCUUCCCCCGAAGGAAAUGUCUCGGUGAAGCAGGGACAGUUGGGGAAGGAUGAGUGGGAAAUGUAGGAAGGCCGAGGCCAUUGCAGAGCUCUCUCUGUCCGGCUUGUCAGCUGCUUGUCCCUCAUAGUGAUGUGCCUGUGAACUUUCUCCACCCGAUCCCCUUGCCUGCAACAAACACAGGGCUGCCUGGGAGUCGGUGACGGCCUUUGGGUUCUGAGGUGGUCGGUUGGAGUCUCCCCUGGACUCUGGUUAUGGAGCCAGACUCAGCCUGGAGUACUUAGAGGCCCUGGAGGCAGCUGCUCUUCUGGACAGAGCACCCGCCCCCUCGCUCCCUUUCUGGUAGCUUCUUUCCUCGUUGAUGAUAAAAGGUAUCUCCGGCAUUCUACACCUGGACCAUUUGAUUGUUUUAUUUUGGAAUUGGUGUAUAUCAUGAAGCCUUGCUAAACUAAGUUUUGUGUGUAUAUAUUUAAAAAAAAAAAUCAGUGUUUAAAUAAAAAGACCUAUGUACUUAAUCCUUUAACUCUGCGGAUAGCAUUUGGUAGGUAGUGAUUAACUGUGAAUAAUAAACAUACAAUGAAUUCUUCACUCUGUAUCUUUUCUCUUCUCCCCCCCCCCCGCCUUACUUAAAAUAAAAACCUAAAAGCCA